CCGAUAAGAGGCAAUCCACGGGACUCUGUACAUUGCCUAAGCAUGUCGUGGACUUCCUUCCAUGCGCUUCUGCCUGCCUGCAUGCCACCAAAAGAUAUUUCACGUUACAGAUGCUGCAGGUCAUUGUCCGUCUAGCUAACAAGAUCGCUUAUUGCUUGUGACGUGACCAUUUGUCUUAAAAUCCAUCUCACGUUACGUAUUCCCGUGUCGGCGGCAUCUGCCUAGGGUAUUGCAGCUCGAAUCAGUUCACGCCCAAGCUGUAAAGAAUCAUGUAUAGGCUGCUUUAUAUGCACUGUGAGUGAGGACUUGUCGACUCAUAUCUCUUAUGCAUAGCGACAGCGGAUUUGGCGCAACACCGGUCAUCUCGCAGUCGCAUCGGAACAGUACUCGGCAUCCAUCGUAGCGGUCAAGAUUUCUUGCGAUGCCUUCCGCGUCCGCUUCAACGAGCUAUGCCCAGACCCUCGAGCAUGACCUUGGGCCGAAAUGCAGGCUUGCACCUGUUGUUCGCCCAUUUACGCCCUCACCACCGGAGGCGGAAGCUGUGCCGCCGGUCAACGCUCACUACUUCUACAUAUCACCGAUUCCCAUAGACGACCCUCUGUCGACGGUUACCAUAGCCGGCUCUUCCGAUGCCAAACUAGCCAACUUCAAGCCGCGACCUUUCUCUGAAGGGGAUAACAAUGCUCUGGAAAAGGCAUGGCUAGGUUUGGCGUCCGCCGACUAUCGCAGGAAUCACAGCCAAGCCAGGCGCAACCGCAGCCCAAGUCCAUCCCUCGCCAAGAUCAACGCCGAAAGACUGCAGGAGAUUAUACAAGAUUUGGCGGUCAAGCACAAAGAGAAACAUGCAAGAGAAGGACCCGGCCACCAAGUUACCCCUGCGCAUGUCGAUACCCUCCCGGAAGCCGAGACUGCGUUGCCGUUGUGCUGUCAAGAAGUGCUCGCCGAUGUGGGCGUGCAACUGCGCACCUCCUUUUGUGCCGUUGCUAGGAAGCGCCAACGUGCUCUGAAUCGGGAGAGAGUGGCGCAAGAGGUUAUGGCCGAGAUGGAGACGUUAAAGACAGACUCGACUGCGACUGUUACUGUUGCCGAGCAACAUAAAUCCGGCCUGAAUGCGUCCACCAGUCGACGGAGAGGAGGUUCCUUCGCCGGCGUCGCCUUCCAGCCUAGUUCCUUCAAGGACAGCUCUCACACGCCACUCGAGCGAAUUCCCCGAUCCGAUUCCCGGCCAUCAAGUAGGAGGGGCGUUGACACGGCUAGCCGGCAGAGCUCUCAUGCUAGAGCGCAAUCUCUUCGAACUAACCCCAGUUCGUUGAAUGAGGGUACCCCCAUACCUGUACGAGCUGGCGGCCAGGGUGAUGGGAUCACGGGAAAACCUUUUGUGAGGGUCGGAACACCUGACAUGGUUGAGUUCCCCAUUUCCGGAUCACUACCUAGUGACAAGGGGGACGUUAAGCCUGCCGAAGAAAAGUCGGCUCCCGAUGUUAGAGAUACACGGCGUCCCGUCCCGGAAAUGCCUUCGACAUUGCCUGAGCGCGGCAGAAGGAGAUCGCGGCAGGAUACGGCGAAUGUUCCGGUUGGUGUUUCACGGCUGCACGAGGUUUCUUUACCCGCACUCCAGAUGAAACCCAUCUACUGGUCACCGGUCAACGAUAUAGCUGCAGUUCUUCGAGCCACGUGGUUCUACAAGGACAACAUGGAACCGAUUGACCCUGCCGUGGCGAACCAGCUCGAGGCAGGAUAUCAAGAACUCAAACCAUAUACUGAUACCUGGAACGUUGAGCUUCGGUGUGCCAUAGAGGUUGGGCCCUUGGGUGAAGAGAAGGUCUCACAUCCGCUCUGGCCUAAAGCGCUAGAUUCCAAGGCUAAGACCAAGGAGAAGGAAGUUAUCCAGGAGCCAACGAUUUCAAACAAUCCAUUUUGUGCAGCUCGCUGCUUCAAGGGUGAGGCAGCAGCUCAGGGUAACCUACUACCCUCCUCCCAUGAGGAUAACUCUUCUGAGAUACAGUCCCACCGAAAAUAUGACCAAUACCAUGUGAUCUACAAGGAUGAAAACCAUGCGUAUUUGCUUAAGCCAAGCUUACGACCAUCUGCAUAUUAUGGUCGUCGCCCGGUGGCAAAAAUAAUGAAGAGCCUGGAUAUUGGCAUCCCCGUCGUGAGAGGCUUUGAUCGAGCAGCCUACGACAAGAUACAUGUCAAGAAGAUCGGAUCGCAGAAAGCAGCUGCUGCUAGGUCUGCCGCCAGCGAAUCUCAGGAAAGCACCGGUCAGAAUGUCUGCAUGGCUUGCAAACGUGAAAAAGAGCGCGCUCAGGUGACCGACCUAAUCCUUGUGGCACAUGGUAUUGGACAGAAGCUGGCGGAGCGUGUGGAAAGCUACCAUUUUACAUAUGCUAUCAAUACUUUCCGAAGGAUGAUUAACGUCGAGCUGGGUUCAGAUGCAGUCAAGGAGGUUCUUCGCGAUGGCCAGAAUGGUAUCAUGGUUCUACCCGUUAACUGGCGGCAGAAUCUUUCAUUCGAGGAGGGUGGCCCUAUGAGAGAAGGGGACAAGGCUGAGUAUAUGCCAGAAGGCUUUGGCCUGAAGGACAUUGAGCCCAAAACCAUCCCGGCAGUUCGAGGCAUGAUCUCCGACAUCAUGUUCGAUAUUCCCUUCUACAUGUCGCACCAUAAACCUAAGAUGAUCUCUGCCUUGGUUGGUGAAGCAAACCGUGUCUACAGGCUCUGGUGUCGCAAUAACCCAGGCUUUGCGGGAAACGGCCGCUUACAUCUGAUCGGUCACUCGUUAGGCAGCGCAAUGGCACUCGAAAUUUUAUCCAAGCAGCCAACCAUAACACCCCACCUCCGCCUUGAGUCAGAUAUUCGACUAGACCGCUUCGAAUUCGACGUCAAGAACCUUUUCCUACUUGGGAGUCCCGCGGCUUUCUUCCUCUUACUGGAACGAGGCGCCCUUAUCCCGCGAAAGGGACGACAGAAGCCAGGAGCCGAGACGGCAGACGCGGAUUCGGAGGGUGUUGUGGGCGAAGCCGGGCUAUUCGGCUGCCUAGCUGUAGACAACGUCUACAAUGUCCUGGCACGCGAAGACCCGGUCGCAUACCUACUGAACGGUACUAUAGACCCAAAGUAUUCUGCCAGCCUCAAGACUGCCUACGUGCCAAGCUCCACCAUGACGUUUUUCCAGUCCAUGGGUAACGCUAUGCGAAGCAUGGUGCCCGGCGCCUCGUCCUCUACCGCCCAUGCCGCCGAGAACUCGGCACUCAUCAAGCCGCCCACCAUGCGGUUGCCGAGCCAGCUCGAACUCGAGGUCCAUGACUUCACGCGAGAGGACAUUGCCGAGAAGAAGGCGUUCUUGCUCAACGACAAUGGGCAGAUCGACUACUUCCUCCGCUCGGGCGGCGGGCCCUUGGAGAUCCAGUAUCUCAACAUGCUUGGCGCGCAUUCGAGCUACUGGGCCAAUCCCGACCUUAUUCGCAUGCUGUGUAUGGAGAUUGGCCGCAAGCCGGGGAGGGCACAUACUCUGCCCGCCAUGAGAGCGGCGAAGGUGGGCAAACGGGCAUUGCCGAGUACGCCUGCGUGAUGGCCGGAUCUUUCUUGUAACAAGAUGAUGGAGCGAGCGUCAUGUAACUAUCGAAAUGCUCACAACGAAACAGACAUGUUAUGCAUAUAGGAGAAGCGAGCCCAACAUGUUAGUGUUGCACUCGAGA